AUGUUUGUCUUUUUCCGCUACCAAGCUGCCCAGAUCAGGCUGGUCAAUGGUUUUGGUCGCUGCUCUGGGAGAGUGGAGAUCUAUUACAGUGGCCAGUGGGGAACAGUGUGUGAUGACGACUGGGAUAUGAAUGAUGCUGCGGUGGUGUGUGGACAGCUGGGUUGUGGGAGUACUGUAGGUGCCCCACUUGCUGCCCAUUUUGGUCAGGGUAGUGAACCAACCUGGCUGGAUAAUGUGAAGUGCUCUGGAAGUGAAAGCCACCUCUCAGAGUGCUCACACAGAAGAUUUGGAGUUGAAGACUGUAAUCAUGGUGAAGAUGCUGGUGUUUUCUGCCUCUCAGGUUUAACCCUGAAGAGACCUACCCUCUCUAAAACGCCUUCCCAUUCAGCUUUUUCACCUGGUGAAACGGUUCAGUUCAUCUGCUCUGUCUCACAGCGAAUUGCCAUCACUGCAAACUUUGACUUAUAUAGGGGUGGAUCUCCAAUACUGACCCAGGCAGUUGAAUCCACUCAGACCAGUGAGACUUUCACAUUGUCCAGUCUGCAAUCUUCACACCAGGGAAGGUACAGUUGUCUACAACAGAUAACCAAGAAUGGUCAGAAAAUGAUCAGCUCUUCUUCCAGCAACUCCAUGGACAUUACUAUUGUGACCCUCCCAAAGCCCCAAAUCUAUCUGAGAUCUGCCACAGAGGUUGCUUGGGGUAAAGGAGUUGACAUCAUCUGCUCCAUCACAACACAGCACUUGCAUGGAACAUUCAGUUUGCAGAAGACUUCAGGCUCAUUCAGAAUGGACAAAACCACAAGUAGCAACUCUGUCACCUUCAACAUUCCUAAAGUGGACUUUAGCCACGAGGGGUCAUACCGAUGUCAGUAUCAGACAAGGGUAUCCAGUCGAGACUUCAGCUCCACUCAAAGUUACUCUGUUGAAUUUUCGGUUAUAGUCGUUUUGCUACAGCCCAACAUCUCUCUCAGUGCUCCAAAUGGAUGGAUGGUCUGGGGACUUCAGGGGCCAGAGGUGACCAGGGGCCACAGCUUCUCUAUCACCUGCUCCAUUCAGCCACAGUAUCCUGGAGGCCUCUUCUAUCUGGACUUCUCUGGGUCCAACAGAACUGAGACUACGCCUGCAGUCAACCACUCUGCCUCCUUCCACUUCCCUGUUGCAGAGUAUAAAGACCAGGGGAACUACAGCUGUGUUUAUGAAGUUAAUGUCUCCACCCUGUCAUUCCGUUCUACCAAGACAGAGUUGCUGACAGUCAGCAUUCGAGGUAAAAUAAGUUUUAGUUUCAUGUUCCUCAAGUGCAUUACCAUGAAGGCCAUAUUUAAGGAUUGUGAGUAG